AUGAAAUUCGGCACAUUAUCCUUUUUAGCCUUAACAGUAGCUUCAGUUGCUAACGCAGUUCCAGUUACCAGAGGAGACUUCAAAGACAUACAUUUCGGCGUUGAGGCAUCAAAUUCGGGAUCUAAAUUUGACUGCGAUCCAAUCAAGAAGGUUGAUAGCCACCCUCACGUUUUCUCUGUCGGUGGAAAUGAGGGUAGUGAUCUUUACUUAACUUUGAGAGAAGAUGGUUCCUUAGUUGAUCAAACCGGUCGUGGGAUUUACAUCGACCCAAGCACAGGUGAAUUCGGAAACGUUGAUCCAUGGGGAGAACAAACACCAUCUUGUGGUUUCGAAAUCAAGGACAAUAUCUUGAUUUACCAAGGUACAAACGACUGGAAGGCAUGUCCAAGUGGACCAGAUAAAUACUCGUUGGCCAGAAAUGACUGUACUGGCGGCACUGACAUUGACUUAAAGGUUCUUGACCCACAUUGCGACUAG